AUGAUGAUCUCCGAGCCUGCGCUCGUCGACGACCAGGCCCUCCCGCGCUCCAUUCUCGUGCUGUACGCAACCGAAACUGGCACCGCCGAGGAUACCGCAUAUCGUGUCGCACGCCAAUGUGAACGAAUAGACUUCCAUGCGCGCGUCGCCAGCGUUGACACAUACCCUAUCGAGGAGUUGAUCUCCGAACCUUUGGUCGUCUUCGUGAUUUCUACCACUGGAUCUGGCAAGGAGCCACGCUCAAUGACCCCGCUAUGGAACCUGCUCCUUCGCUCGGACCUCCCAGAGGAUUUAUUCGAGGACAUGCACUUUGCCGUCUUCGGCCUCGGCGAUACGGUGUAUGAAAAAUUUUGCUGGCCAGCAAAACUCCUCGAACGACGUCUUCUCAGUCUAGGCGGGGCAAAGUUGUGCGAUCGUGGUGAAGGCGAUGACCAACACAGACUCGGCCUGGAUGGCGCGUUCCGACCUUUUAUGAAUGGGCUGCUCUCGGCUCUCUUAGUUCGAUGUCCGAUGCCCCACGGAUUGGUCAUGAGGACAGCGGAUGAUCUUCCCAGACCUCGUGUCCUGGUACGACACCGCGCCAGCCCGGGUGACUCUAUCCCAGGUGUUGGGCACACCCCGGCUCUCGAUGCCGGUGCAACAUAUCAUGAGGCUACCCUCACCUGUAACCGGCGGAUAACAUCGGAGGACUGGUAUCAGGACGUUCGUCACCUCGAGUUCCGGUUCGACGAUGACAUCCAAUACAACCCAGGCGAUAUUGCCGUCAUAGACCCCGAAGCGUCCGAAGAGGACGUCAAUACCUUCCUUGACGCUAUGGACUGGACCAACGAUGCAGACCGUCCUCUCGAACUCAGUUCCGCGACAGAUCAAUCCCUCCCACACAACAUCCCACGGACAUCGACUUUGCGCCAGCUAUUCACGAGGUAUCUCGAUUUCUCCUGCGUCCCACGACGUUCCUUCUUCGAGGCAUUACGGCAUUUCGCACAAGAUGAGAUGGAGCAGGAGAAGUUUGACGAGUUCCUCAGCGACGACGGUGCGGAUGAGCUGUACGAGUACUGUUUUCGAGUGCGACGGACGAUCUUGGAGGUGCUGUCCGAGUUCCGUUCCAUCAAGAUACCCAUGGAGUAUAUCUUCGAAGUGUUCCCGGCGAUGCGUCCGAGGCACUUCUCGAUCGCUAGUUCCGUAAAGCGCCACCCUCACGAAAUUCACCUCUGCGUCGCUAUUGUGAGGUAUCGAACGAAGCUGAAGAUUCGCCGGAAAGGCGUUGCAACCAGCUAUCUCGCUCCACUUCGUGCCGGAACUCGAAUACGUGUGGGCAUCCGGCCAGGCCUGAUGAGCUUGCCUCCGGAUAAGACAACACCGGUCAUCUGCAUCGGACCUGGUACGGGAAUCGCUCCCAUGCGAGCUCUCCUCGAGCAACGUAUAACGGAAGGCGCUCAUAGUAACGUGUUGUAUUUCGGUUGCCGAUCCGCAGGGAAGGACGAGCAUUACGGGGAAGAAUGGCGAACUUACGCAGAAGAUAAGAAGCUCGUCUAUCGGAGAGCGUGCUCCCGCGACGUUCCGGAUGGCAGGAAGCGUAUCUACGUGCAGGAUCUUAUGGUUCAAGACGAAGACAGAAAGAGGCUCUGGGAGCUCAUUGACGCUCGCGGCGCCUGGGUGUACGUCUCCGGAUCUUCGAACAAGAUGCCCGCCGCGGUGAAGGCCGCAUUGCAGCAUGUCAUCGAGGUUGAAGGCGGGAAAAGCAGUGAGGAGGCCCGGACGCACGUUACUCUCAUGGAACGGACAGGUCAGUAUACCGAGGAGUGCUGGAGUUGAGCGCAGCUGCUGUUUGGUAUAACACGCAGCAUAUCUUGGUCCUGCUGUGAUCUUCUGCCCAUCAUUGUUGUAACUACUGCGUAGACAAUAAUAUGUAAAGC